AUGGAGAAAGGCAAUCAUACUGUUACUGAGUUCAUUCUGGUGGGCUUUACACAGGAUCCUGUGAUGCAGCUCGUCCUCUUUGUACUUUUUGUCAUGGUAUACUCUGUGACGGUGGUGGGGAAUAUCAGCUUGAUAAUAUUAAUCUAUACAGACUCCCGAUUGCACACCCCCAUGUAUUUCUUCAUUGGGAACCUGUCUUUUCUAGAUCUGUGGUAUUCUUCUGUUUAUACUCCCAAAAUCAUGGUGACCUGUGUGUCUGAGGACAAGAGCAUCUCCUUUGCUGGGUGUGUGGCUCAGUUCUUCUUCUCUGCUGGACUGGCAUAUAGUGAAUGUUAUCUGUUGGCUGCCAUGGCAUAUGACCGCUACGUAGCCAUCUCCAACCCAUUGCUCUAUGCUCAGGCUAUGUCUAGAUGGUUAUGUAUAUGUCUGGUUGGCAUUUCUUACAUUGGUGGUUUUGUCAAUGCUAUCAUACUUACUAGUAAUACAUUCACUCUAAAUUUCUGUGGGGAUAAUAUUAUUGAUGACUUCUUUUGUGAUGUCCCACCAUUGGUGAAGCUCGCAUGUAAUGUGAAAGACAGUUACCAGGACGUACUCUAUUUCCUCCUGGCCUCCAAUGUCAUCACUCCCACUGUACUAAUCCUGGCAUCUUAUCUCUUCAUCAUUGCUGCCAUCUUGAGAAUUCAGUCCACCCAGGGCCGACAAAAAGCCUUUUCUACCUGUUCCUCUCACUUGAUUUCGGUUACCUUAUACUAUGGCUCUAUUCUCUACAUUUAUUCUCGCCCAAGUUCCAGUUAUUCCUUGGAGAGAGACAAAAUUGUCUCCUCAUUUUACACUGUGGUUUUCCCCAUGUUGAACCCUAUGAUCUAUAGCCUGAGGAAUAAGGAUGUGAAAGAAGCCCUGAAGAAACUCUGCAAAAUAACAACUUCCUGA